UAUUUCGGAAGUGCCAAAACAUACCUUUGUUGGCACUUGAUCUCUACUCCUUCGUUGGCUCUUGCCUAUUGAUUACAUAUCAUGACUAAAAAACCUAAGAGUGAUCGAUGAGGCACGAUCUUGAUUACAACCAAAUUCCCUUAUUUUCUGAUUUGUCUUCUAAGUUAUGAACGAACCAAGAGGAAUUUUUUUUAAGUCAAUGCAACUCGUAUAAAAAAAGGAAGGAUAAGAAAAAGUAUAGAAAAGGAACAAUCGAAUAUUUUACAUACAAAUAGUACUCAGUCUGUUAUCAUUUAACUUUUUUCUUCAAAAAAGCAUGUCAUAUAUUAAAACAAAAAACUCACAGGGUUAGCUAUACGGAUCAAAAUCGAUUGCACGUGUACCCCCUAUUUUGAAAGUGCCAAAACACACCUUCGUUGGCACCUAAUCUCUACUCCUUUGUUGGCAGCUGCCCAUUAAUUAUAUAUCAUGACUAAAAAUAAACUACGAGUGAUCGAUGAGACAUGAUCUUAAUUACAACCAAAUACCCUCCUUUUCUGGUUUGUCUUCUAAUUAAGUUAGGAACGAAUCAAGACGAAUACUCUAAGUCAAUGAAGCUCGUACAAAAAAAAAAAGGAAGGAUAAGAAAAUGUAGAAAAAAGCAAUAAUCGAUUGUUUACAUGCAGAGAGUACUUAGUCGGUUAUCCUUUAACUUUUUUCUUCAAAAAAGCGUGUCAUCUAUUAAAACAAAAAACUUACAACAUUAGCUAUACGAAUCAAAAAUCGAUCGCAUGUGUACCCCUAUUUCGGAAGUGCCAAAACACACCUUCGUUGGCACCCGAUCUCUACUCUCGCAAAAAGCAUUUUGUUUUAAAACUAAAAUCAUAUAGCAUUUGAUGUAUAUAUUUAUAAUAUUAUAUCAAAAUAGUUCGUAUAACAUCAGUACAUAAUCUAACUAACACGAGCUCAGAGUGGUCGAUGAAAUACGGUCUCAAUUGCAUUCAUAUUUGCUCCUUUUUCCGAUUUGUCUUCUAAGUUAGGAACAAAGUCGAACCAAUACUUUUAAGUCAAUGAAACUCGUACAAACAAAAAGGAAGGAUAAGAAAUUGUAUAAAAAAGCAAUAAUCGAUCGUUUACAGAGUACUUAGUCUUCUAUCAUUCGUUAUUUUUCUUUUUGCUGAAAAGGCGUGUCGUCUAUUUAAACAAAACUAAUAUAGCAUUUGCUAUACAUGUCCAAAAUCGAUCGUUCAUUAACGUAGAGGUCAAAAUCGAUCGUACAUGUAGCAUCAGUACAUAACCUCACUUAACUCGAACCAAUAAUAAGAGCCAGCGAUCGGAAAAAAAAAAUACAACCCAUCUUGCAAACAACACACUUUCUCUCGUGAAAUUCUAUCUCAUAACUACGAACCAUGAAACUAAACCUCUACUGCGUCAACUCAUUCCACGCAUCUUCAGUACCGUCUAACUCAAUCCACGCAAAACAACACCAAAGUGCGAACACAAUCUAGUCUUCAAUACACCCCCAUAGAUUACAUACCAUCACUUGAGAAGAAAGAAGAAAAGGAAAAAAAAAAAUCCAAUUUGCUAGUAAGUAAUUAAUCCACCUUCCAUAUAUAUAAUCUAUCGCACCGCGUCGAGAGGCCAUACGGAUGGUAACACUAAUCCGGAUAUUCAUUCACACGUACAAAAAUAAGAAGAAGAAGAAAAAACAAAACCGAACAUUCCAUUUUUCUUAAACAAUGAAUUUGGCAGCCUAAUCAUGAGGUGACGUGGAUUAAAAUAUUCUAUUGCUUGCCAAAAAUUGCCCCCCGGAAUCCCAUUAUAAAUUGCAUGGCCCUGCUGUCUGGUCUGUGCACCUAUUCUUCAUUUCUUAAUCGUCUGUUCUGUUUCCCAGAAAGAAGAGAUGAAGAACGCAGGCGGCAGCAGCAAGCUAGCGGCUUGACCGUACCAACCAAUCAUAGAAAAGGUUUACAUCUUUCUUUCACGACUUUUCAUUAUGAAAUUGUUUUCUUUUUAAUAGUUGGUUUGAUUUAAUUUUUCUGACUGCAAUUUUGAUUCAUGCAUGCACGCAGAGCUGUUAUUUAUUUAUUUUGCGAGUACUAUUCAAUCCGGCGGUGCCGCCUCUCCGGCCGGCCCCUGGUUUUUUUUCUGGGGGCUUUUCUGUUGUGUUGUCAUAUCAUCAUAAUUAAUAACAUAAUUAAUUAAUGAUAAAAAUAAUGAAUUAAUAAUUGGACAGUAAGAAUUUAACAGCAAUUUCAUUCAGAAAACAAAAUUGUUGAUGACUUCGAUUAGUCAAAAAUACAUCUCUAACGUACCAAACUCCCACAAAAUCAUUCGGAGAGCAAGGUACAAUGCAGUUUACCUUGUGUAUACACGUAUGUACAUGAAGACAUGGUGUAGUAAAAGGGUAAAUAAAACCCAUAAUCCGAGAAAUAAAAAGACUUAACUCGAAAUGCUUCUGAAAAAAUGGUCCGUUGAUGUUACGGCCCACCAUAAUCCAAUUAUAUGAUGGUGGUUUAUGCCAAAAUGUGAACCGUAAUGAUCCGGUCUAUUCUCAUAAUUUGAGGAGUUUUGAAAAUAUACGUUGUUGUCUGAUAAGGGCCGUCUAUUUUUUUUGGUAGGAAUCGCUUUCCCUUCCCUUCAUAUUUCAUAUUUUAAAACCAAAAUACUAGGUUGAUUGAUUUAUGCAUCAUUGCCCAUCUAGCCGCUAUAAUUGAGAAAGAUUAACUUUGAAUAUGUUGGUUGGUUGUAUUAUAAUAGUUAGCAUAGCAUAUCGUCACACUAAUUAACUUGACUAUUAUUUGUACUUUAGGAGUGCACAUCAAUUUGGUACAUACUAGACCAAACCGAUCCAAAUCAACAUUUAGAUCGAAAUAUGAAUGAUUUUUCAAUUUAAAUCUCACAUACCUCUUCACGAUUAAAAAAAAAAGAAGCAAAACGACACUUAUAAUUUGAUUAUGAUUAUGUUUUUCAAAUUUCUUUCAUUCUCACUCAAAUUCUAUCUCGAUUUAAUCCGACGCCGUAUGGUUUGAAGCUGCUGCACACCCAAGCAAAACAAAAAGAAAGAAAAAAUUCCUUGAACCUGUCCUUUCCUUUAAAUUUGCACGGGUGGAGUUACAACUUAAAAAAUAUAGUUUUAUAAUCGAGAUACAACGAACUUAAAAUAUUUGCCUUCACAAUUUUAUGAUUUUCUGGAUAAGAUAUUUAUUAUAUAAUAUUACUUCCGCGUUUGUUGUAUCAUCCAGAAUCUUUCUUUCACAUUUGGAAAUUUUAUCCAUUUUUCCUACAAAUCUAUAUUUCAUUUUUAAAAAAACCUUCUGAAAUGUUUCUCUAGUUUCUACUCUCCUCAUUUUCCAUUUUACAGCAGUGAUGAUAAAAGGAGAGAAUUAACAACUAAACAGUCAUUUUCCGCCGGUAAAGGGGUUUAUCUUUCUGGUUGGUCUCCCUGCUGCGGUCUCUUGCAAAUCUGUAAAUCGGAAGAGAAGGAAUCGGGUCCGUAAAAUCCAUUGUUCUCCAUUCACCUUGAGUAUCGCCAUCUUCCCUACUAGCUUACGGCUUACUCUCUAUCCGAAUCCAUAAUCAGAAUAAGAAAACAAAAUCAGCAGAAUCCGGUUGCCUACUGGUUGCUGGAGAAAGAAAUGGAGUGAUUCCGUACGCAAAAUCCCCUCUGGUCUGGGUUAGGGUUUAUCUUUUCCCUCGUAGAAUCGAAUUCCGUCAAAACCCAUCAGUAUCCCCAAUUAUUCACCGCCAGAGAGGGGGCAGAGUGAGGUUUCAGUUUUCACUGUGAACCCAUAAAGGGGAAAAACCCAGAAAAAAAGGUAAGUUUUUUCCCCCUCACCGGCCCUCUUCUUUCAUUUCACCUUCCUUCACUUGUACUGCUUAGCUGGGUCUGGUCUGGGUUUUGCCCUUUUGUCCACUGUUUUGGUUAGUUGAAGUUUCAAUUGUGUUGAUGGUGCCCGCUCUUAUAGAAUAAUAAUAUGUUUUUCAGAUAAGGUAAAAUUUCUUCUUUCCCCUUGUUGAGCUCCCUUCCGUUUCCAAUUGCCAAUUCCAUAGGGGGAGAUGAACUUCUUCAAUUACCCCAAGGCAGUAAUCUUCAGUUUCCUUCUUUUUGGCUGGGUUCCGAGUUUUUUUUCCUGUCUAUGUCUAUAUACAAUGCAUGUUUGUCUGCAACCUGCCAACAGCUGGCUCUCCUAAAUCUGCUCUCUGACUUGCCACUUCCUUCAAUUGGGGGUUUCACCUGCAAAUUUUCUGGACUGGGAAUUGAAUUUGUGAUGCAUGGAUUACUCUGUCUUCCCCUGUUAUUAAUUACACACCAUUGCUACAUCUCAAAGUUUUGGUUGUUUCCCCUUUUUGGGCAUUGGGUGCUUCUGCGUUGUUAGCUUUCCUGCUGCGGUAAUUUAGGGUAAAAUUCGCUGUCUUUGUAAGAAGAAGACUAGUAGCACCAGAAGCAAACAAAAAAAGAGGUGGGCACUGUACGCCAUGCUGUAUGAUUGCAAGUGGAAAACGAAACCUCCAUCAGGGAAAUGAAAGAGGGGGAAUGGUGAAUUUUUGGCGGUGGGCCUCUGCUGCUGUCAAAAAUGUUGUUAUCAACUAUCAGAGAAGGGGAUUUCUUUUUUGGGUUGCCUUUUGAAUUAUGGAUAUUUAUGAGAUGGGUUUGUAGGCUUCUGGGUUUUUCUUCCUUCCUUUGUUUGGUUGCUUCCUUUCCAUUGUCUCUUUCAAAUCUCUCACCAUCUCAUAGAACCCUAAAAUUACUAUUCUCCAUCAGAAUCACCGUUGCAUUUAAUUGUUGCAUAUUUUUUAUCCUCUUGAAUUUUUCUUCUUUUCUUUUCUUUUCUUUAUUCAUAUGCUUUGAACAAUCCAUUUAUUGCAUCUUUUGGUUUAAUGGUUUUCAGAUAUUUCUCAUGGUCUAACUUCAACUUUGCUGUUGCCUUUUGCAUUCCAUAAUAGGUCAGCAAUUCACAAGAGUCCAAUUUUUUGAAUUGUGGAGCAAAUCACCAUUGAAAUUCUUCACUGCCCUUGCCCCUUGCCUUCUUUGUGUGAUUUUUAUUGGAGCUUAUCUCCUGCUUCAGCUUCCCUUGGCCUUUUCUGGGUGGGAGAGAGAGAGAGAGAGAGUUUGUUACUAUCCUCUUCUUGCUUACUGCUGCAGCAGCCUGACAUACACCCUCUGUUCUGCGAUACAAUUGUUAUUCUGCCAUCACUCACUCCACUUUCUUGCUGGAUGCCCCAAAUUUAGGAAUUUUCCAGAUCCAACUACUGAGAAUUGUUCUAGAAAAUCAAGAACCGGGGCUGUGCUAGGGUGGGUAUCCAAACUGCACCGCUUCGUGAAAAAGAUUUAUCUUGGAAGGUUUUUGUUCUUGGAGGUUGUGAGAUUCCGGAAGAGAGCUAGAUGACUGUGGAUGAAGUUGGUAGCAGCUCCUCGUGGACUUUUGAGCAAGAUAAGGCAUUUGAGAAUGCUGUGGCAACUUAUGUAGAGGAUGAAGCAGAUCGAUUUGAGAAGAUUGCUGCAGAAGUCCCUGGGAAAACACUGGAAGAGGUUAAACAUCACUACGAGAUUCUGGUCGAGGAUGUUGAACAGAUUGAAUCUGGUUGUGUGCCUUUACCCAACUAUAAUUCUUCCUCUGAGGGUUCGAGCCAGGCUGGUGAUGAAGGAACUGGGAAGAAAGGUGGCCAUGGAGGGCAUAACAACAGUGAGUCCAGUCAAGGGAACAAGGGUUCAAGGUCAGAUCAGGAACGCCGUAAGGGAAUUGCUUGGACAGAAGAUGAGCAUAGGUUAUUCCUUCUCGGGUUGGAAAAAUAUGGGAAAGGAGACUGGAGAAGCAUAUCCCGGAACUUCGUGGUAACAAGGACGCCUACCCAAGUGGCCAGCCAUGCUCAGAAGUACUUCAUCCGGCUAAACUCGAUAAAUAAGGACAGAAGGCGUUCGAGCAUUCAUGACAUCACGAGCGUGAACAAUGGCGAGAUCGCAGCAGCCCAAGGACCGAUAACCGGGCAAGCAAAUGGCACUCCUGCUGGUGGCAGCGGCGGAGUAGGGCCUUCCGGGAAAGCCGGUAAACAACCAUCUCAGCAUCACCCUGGUGGGGGGCCUCCAGGAGUAGGGAUCUAUGGUCCUCCAACAAUAGGACAGCCCAUCGGAGGGCCAUUGGUAUCGGCAGUUGGGACACCAGUGAAUUUACCUGCGCCAGCACACAUGGCAUAUGGAGUUAGAGCGCCGGUGCCUGGGACGGUGGUCCCUGGGGCACCGAUGAACAUGGGUGGGAUGGCUUAUCCGAUGCCGCCGACGAGUGCUCAUAGGUGAUGUACAAUACAAACACAGAGCGAGGAUGUUAGCACAGAUGAGUUUAUUAUGGUUUUCGUUAAGUUAGAUGGAGGGGAAGUUGUCCAUUGUAGGGGUUGAAUAAGACCUCUUAUCUUAU